AUGGCAUGGCUCAAUUUUUUUCUUUCUUACCCUGUGCCCAUUUGCCUGCUGUGCACACUGAUCAUUUUGGCUUUUUUGUUUCUGCCAACCAGCUCCAGAAAAGCGGCGUCUACCUUGCCACCGGGACCCACCCCUCUCCCCAUCAUCGGCAACCUGCAUUUGCUGGAUAUUAAAAGGCAAGACAAAUCCAUCCUGAAGCUUGCCAAAAAAUACGGGCCGGUGUUCACCCUCCAUUUUGGAUUCCAGAAAGUGGUCGUUCUGACCGGUUACGAUGCCGUGAAGGAUGCCCUUGUGAACUUCACUGAGGAAUUUGUGGACAGGCCGCUUAUACCGAUAUUUGAACAGAUUCAGCAUGGACACGGGGUUUUCUUUUCUACUGGAGAGCUGUGGAGGGCAACUCGAAGGUUUACCAUGUCCAGCAUGCGCAACCUUGGCGUGGGGAAGACCCUCAUAGAGGAGCGGAUUCUGGAAGAACUCAGCUUCCUUGUCAAGGACAUAAAGUCUUUCAAGGGUGAACCUUUUAGCCUCCGAACCUUUAACAGGGCACCGACCAACAUUACGUUUGUUCUUCUGUUUGGGGAGAGGUUUGACUCCAAGGACCCCCAGUUUCUCACGCUCCUAAAACUCAUAGACGAAGUUAUGUGUCUUCUUGGAUCUCCCUUCUUGCAUCUGUUUAACUUCUACCCAUUCCUUGGGAUUUUUCUCAACACGCACAAAAUGUUGCUCAAAAAAGUCGAGGACGUCCGCGUCAUUAUAAGGGACUACAUUAAGAAAAGCAGGCAAAAUGUCAACGGCAACAGCCUCAGGAGCUACACAGAUGCAUUCGUCUUCAAGCAGAAAGAGGAUACAAGCAAGAAAGACAGGCUUUUUCACGAGGACAACCUUGUAGCAUCCAUCUUGGACCUUGUCAUGGCUGGAACAGAGACGGCUGCCACCACUUUGCAAUGGGUGAUUUUGCUGAUGAUGAAGUACCCAAAAAUUCAAAAGAAGGUUCAAGAGGAGAUCCAAAGAACUGUGAAACCAGACACCUGGGUGACAUACGAGGAUCGGAAGUGCAUGCCCUACACCAAUGCGGUGAUCCACGAGGUGCAGAGGUUUAUCACGCUCCUGCCCCACGUCCCACGCUCUACGUCGGUCGACACACAUUUCAGGGGCUACUUUCUCCCAAAGGGGACGAUGGUGAUUCCUUCCCUCACGUCGGUGCUCCUUGAUAAAAGCCAUUGGGAGACUCCAAAUGAGUUCAACCCGAACCACUUCCUUGAUGCGGAAGGGAAGUUUGUCAAGAAAGAAGCUUUUGUGCCCUUCUCACUAGGCCGCCGGAAUUGCAUGGGCGAAAGUCUGGCCAAAAUGGAGCUAUUUCUGUUCUUUGCUGGCCUGAUGCAGAAGUUCACUUUCCAGCCUCCGCCAGGCCUUACAGAAAGGGACUUAGACUUGACUGUUCCUAAGACCACCUUCACUUUGAGACCCCAACCCCAGCUGACGUGUGCCGUUCCCCAGGACUGA